UUGAUUCAAGAAAAACUUAAAUAGAUUCUUAGAAGCAUUUCCAUUUAUUAUAAGAUAGAUGGCAACUGUCAAUGAAUUGUUGAUGUUUUUGUGAAUUGUUUCGGGAUCGGGUCAUGGACAUUUAUGAAUAAUAUACCAUAUCGUCUGCUGAAAACCAAGGAAGACAUUAAUUUCAUGCAGAUGCGCAUGUUUGGUGAAUUUAAUGUUUAUAUAACCCAAUAAAUCCAAAUAAAAGUGUGUGUGCAAUGUGAUCUUAAACAAGGACAAUGGACGAUGAUGUGAAUCGAAGUUCCGAUUCCCUGCCAACUAGCGAAGAAUUUGAGUUAGUUGGAAACAGCACUGAGCCUAAGCUUUGCAUUGGAGGUGAUAAAAAUGAAGAGUAUCUGAAACAAUCUCUGCAGGAAGUUUUGCGUGAUAUUGAUGGCAAAAUGCUGGACAUUUCGCCUCCUCCUCACCAUACUGCCAAUCUUGAAAAAGAGGAGCACCCCAAUGAAAAGUCUGAUAGUGGUAGCAGCAUUGAGAUAAUCUCUGAUGAGCAUCAACACCCUAGACUUCCUAGAAUGAAUCCCUUUGAUCAAAAUGUUCUUAUGUAUACUACCUCUCCAAGUCCCAUGGAUGAAGAUUUGAUGUCAAUAUCCGUGACAUUAGCAGAUGGGGAAUAUACUGUUUUUGAUCGCAUUACAUACUUGGGAAGUGCUGCAGUGAAUGAUCCAAAAAACGAAGCAGAAAUUCGCAAGAAUAUGGCAAUAUUGAAUGAGAAUUCAUCAAAAGCCCUUAAUAUAUCCUUGUCUCUGCCUAUUAACUCUGAAGGAUACAUUAUCUUGUAUGAACCUAGCUCUUCUAAUGAAAUAGCAAGUUUCCCAAUUCUACAAAUUGUUACCCCACUUGCUGGAGAAAUACGCUCUAAAGAUUCAAAUUGCUUAUCUUUGGUGCACAAAUGUAGUUUAGGAACAAUACCAGAAUCAACAAUUUUUCAAUGCCAUGUCUUUCGUUGUGAAAUCCCUGAAGCAGUACCAAAAAUCAUGCAAUGCUUUGCUUCAGCUGUAAAAAAAGUUCCCAAAUUACUCCUUCCUAAGUCAGAAUCAUUUAGCAUAGAAAAGAACUCAAGUGAUCCUUUAAAUAAUUCCACUUUAUACACUUAUAUAUUUGAAGGCACCUUAGAAUUUAGAGAGGAUGACUCUAGGGGUGGUUAUUCAUCCUGCCCUAAGGAUAAAGAUUAUUUUAAAUUACGUAGUAAACUUGAAAAGAGUGUCACUCUGACAGUUCAGCAAGUUUCUGAUAAUAAAGAACUCAUUAUUGAAAGGUGCUUCGGUCUGUUAAUCUCUCCAGGAAGGAAUGUGCGUAACAGUGACAUGCAGCUAAUAGAGAUGGUAUCAUUUAAUAAACCAGCAAUAGGAGAGAAAUCUUUGUACACUAUCUCUGGAUUAUGGGAUCCAAAUGAACCUGCAUUUGAGAUUCUUAACACAGAGACACCAAAAGAUACUAGAGUGUAUAUGACAGUAGCAGCUGAUCUAGUGAUUUGUGGUAUUCAAGAACCUGUCAGGUUUGUGAUUGAAACAAAAGCUAAAAUAUUCCCACCCACUGAGCGUUUUUGGUACUUUUCUAAAAAGACUCUUUAUGAACAGUUUUACUUGAAACUGAGAGAAGUGGAUGAAGAUCAAACUGGAGAGUAUACCUUACAAGUGGUUGGUGUUACUAGUUCAUCUAAACUGCAAAAUAAAAAAGCCUCACUCAAUUUAAAUUUCUUAAACACAGUCACUAAGUCACUUAAUAUUACUACACCAUCUAGUCCUGAUGAGCCUGAUUCAGUUUCUGACAAUGAUGAACCUUUAUUGAGUGGCACUGGUGGAGUAAGCAAAGACUGUACAAGAACCCAGCUUGAAGGUUGGUCAGAAGUUCUUUUGAAAUGGCGACAAAACUUAUCUCUCAGACCCAAAUCACUCACUAGUCUCGUACGAAGGGGUAUUCCGGAAGCUCUUCGUGGUGAAGUUUGGCAGCUUCUUGCUGGGUGUCAUGAUCAGAGAGAUUUGAUAGAAACAUACAAAUCUCUUAUCAAUAAGGAUAGCUCAUUUGAAAGCAUAAUUCAAAGAGACAUCUACAGGACAUUUCCAGCACAUGAAUUAUUCAGUGAGAGAAAUGGUAGUGGUCAAGAAUCUUUAUAUAAAAUUUGUAAAGCAUAUUCCAUUUAUGAUCCUGAAAUAGGAUACUGUCAAGGCCUUUCCUUUCUUGUUGCAGCUCUCUUAUUACAUAUGCCUGAGGAACAAGCUUUUGGAGUAAUGAUGAAAAUUAUGUUUGAGUAUCAAACUCGUAACAUGUUCCGAAAUGGAUUUGAAGAAUUACAUCUCAAAUUUUUUCAAUUGAAAAGAUUAAUGGAGGAUCAUUUGCCAGGUUUAUUAUCUCAUUUUGAAGAUCUUGGAAUCGAAGUCCAUAUGUUUGCAUCUCAGUGGUUUUUAACUCUUUUCACAGCUAAAUUUCCUUUAAUUACAGUCUUCUUUAUAAUUGAUGUUUUCUUGCUUGAAGGAAUGGACGUCAUCUUCCAAGUUGCUAUUGCAUUGUUAUCACUGUCUCAAAAGGAACUGCUUGCUCUUGAUUUUGAAGGCAUUCUUAAGCAUUUUCGCGUCACACUACCUAAGAAAUACAGAACAGAGGAUUCAUCAAAAAUUUUAAUUCAAAAUGCAACUAAAAUUAAAGUUAAAAAACUUAAGAAGUAUGAAAGAGAGUAUGCAGCCAUUAAAGAGCAGGAAAAACUCCAAGAAGAUCCGAUAAAAAUUCUUCAAAGAGAAAACAAAAGACUUCUGGAGAGUAAUUUAACUUUAGAUCGAGAAAAUGAUGAUCUUGCGCAUGAUCUUGUGAAUCUUAAAUUGCAGCAUUGCAAUGAUCUAGUCAAAUCAGAUGAAAAGGUGGAAUCUGUAAAUAAAGAGCUGCAGGCAGCUAUGCACACAAUUUCUGAGUUGGAAGAUGAAAAGAAAAGAUUGUCUUUGGAAGUAACUCAGUUAAAAGAAAUGUGUCGAAGAGAACUUCAAAGAGCUGAAACUGAAAGCACACAAAACUCUACAAUAAUAUCUGAAUAUAAACAGAUAUGCAAGCAGUUGAGUACAAGAUUAGAAAAAGAACAAACGACAGCAAGGCAAAAUUUGGAGCUUAUAAUGGCUCGAAUUAGUUCAUGCAGGCUCUGUUCCAAAUAUUUUGAAAACGCAGUUCCUAGCAUAGUCAACAAUAAAUCUCGUAAAGAAUCUCUAACCGAUCAAGAAACUGGAAUUCAAGCAGCCGAGUGUCAAGCGCGAGAACUAGAGUUAGAGUUGGCACGGACAAAAUUAGCUUUAGUUGAAGCUGAGUGCAAAAAUCAGGAUCUUACUCAUCAGCUAAAUACAGCAAUGACUGAGUUGCAAUCUUCAAAAAACACUUGGUUUCAGAAAACAUUCUCUACUAUUCGGGAUGCUGCUAAGAAAGAAAGUCCUACUUCAUAAUAGAUCUUAGCAAAACAUAGAUAUUUUCAUCCUUUCCCUAUUAUUUUUUUGCUUAGGGACCACAUGUGUGAUUAUUGUUUUUUUUAUUUUUUCGUAGAUGAAAAUUUUGAGUUGUUUUUUUAUUAUUUUAUUGAAUUGUUGGUCUCUAUAAAGAAUUGUACAGAUUUAUAAACUGUAUUUAUGUAAGUAUAUUGUAUAUCAUUUGUAAACAAAUUUUGCAAUUCUCAAAUAUAUAAUAUUGUAUUUGUAAAUUUUCACAAUCAUAGCUUUUGUACUUAUGACUGCAAAUGAAUAUUAAAUCUCGUAAUUCAAA